ACCCUACACCCAACUCUCGUACAAAGCAGGAAAAACAACAAAAAAAACAAAAACAAAAUGGAGGCCAAAACAUUUUUUCUCUUCAUGCUUUUCAUCUUUUCUCAGUCUUGGCUCUCAACUUCUAAAAGGAUCCUAAACAAUCCCUCUGUUUUCUCAUCGUCUUUGAAUUUUUCGAGUGGUAAUGCAGAGAGACUUAUAAAAUCAUUCAAUCUAAUGCCUAAGUAUGACGUUAAUGUCAUCCCAAAAGGAAGCCUUGAUGCUCCAAGACUCAUUGAGAGACAAAUUGAUUUUCUGGCGACAGCCGGUUCCAAAAACGCUUCCGUUGGUCCUUCUGUUCAAGAGUUUGGCCACUACGCUGGUUAUUACAGCCUUCCUCAUUCAAAAUCAGCCAAGAUGUUCUAUUUCUUUUUUGAAUCACGGAACAAAACAACCGAUCCGGUUGUGAUCUGGUUAACCGGUGGACCGGGCUGCAGUAGUAGUGUGGCUAUGUUUUAUGAAAACGGUCCGUUCAAGAUCUCAAAGGAUUUGUCUCUCUAUUGGAACGAUUUUGGCUGGGACAAGGUAUCCAAUAUAAUCUACGUGGAUCAGCCAGUCGGGACUGGUUUCAGUUACACAUCUGACGAAAGCGAUAUCCGGAAUGACGAGGAUGGUGUCAGUAAUGACCUUUAUGAUUUCUUACAGGCUUUCUUUAAAGAGCAUCCAAAAUUCGUAAAGAAUGAUUUCUUUAUUACCGGUGAAUCUUACGCUGGUCACUACAUUCCGGCUUUGGCUUCACGUGUUCAUAGUGGCAACAAAAAGAAAGAAGGGAUUCCAAUCAACCUUAAGGGUUUUGCGAUUGGUAACGGUUUAACCAACCCGGAGAUCCAAUAUGGUGCGUAUGGGGAUUAUGCACUGCAAAUGAAGUUGAUUUCAGAGUCUGACCACGAGAGCCUCAAGCAAGAUUACGUUGAGUGUCAAAAUAUAACCAAAAAAUGCAGUCUUGGUGGUGGUUUAGUUUGUGAUUCUGCUGUUGAAGUUUGCACCAGUAUCUUCAACAAGAUAGUGGCAAAAAAAAGUGGCCUAAAUUAUUAUGACAUUAGGAAGAAAUGUGUGGGGAGCUUGUGUUAUGACUUUUCGAGGAUGGAAAUAUUCUUGAACAAAGAAAAUGUACGGAAAGCCUUAGGAGUUGGAGAUAUCAAGUUUGUGUCUUGUAGUAGUACAGUUUAUGAUGCAAUGAUAGAGGACUGGAUGCAGAAUCUUGAGGUCAAGAUCCCGUCUCUUGUCAAUGAUGGAAUCAAUCUUCUAGUUUAUGCUGGAGAAUAUGAUCUCAUUUGCAAUUGGCUUGGAAACUCGAGGUGGGUAGACCAAAUGAAUUGGUCAGGCCAAAAGGGUUUUGGAUCAGCAAAAAACGUAUCAUUCUUAGUAGAUGGUAAAGAAGCCGGUUUACUGAAAAAUCACGGUCCUCUCACUUUUCUUAAGGUUUAUAACGCUGGACACAUGGUUCCGAUGGAUCAACCAAAGGCUUCUUUGCAAAUGCUUCAGAAUUGGAUGCAAGGAAAGCUUAGGACUACUCCUGUACUAGGAUUUAGUCAAUGAUUUUAAGAUAUAGAACAUUUGAUUUAAAAAUAAAAUGAUAUUAGCUUCAUCUACAAUUAUAUGUCUUUGUAGUUUUGAAACUAUUUUCGAUGUUUAAACAUUGAUUCUUGUCAUAACCUUAUAUUUCCCAUCCUUUGAAAUUUAAUGCCAUGAACCUCAUAAUUCCUCCUC